AUGAGAGAAUUGUUGUCAUCACUGUGCAUAGCGCUUGCAGCAUUGUGCUUUAUCCCAAGAUCCAACAGCGAAUACUUGGAUAUGGAAGGAUGGACAGCCGACAAACACUGGGCUGUUGGAGACAUCAACUGCACCCACGGACUUCGCGAGUUCAAUAAACAUACACAAAAACGAGUCUACACAGUCGGGGUACACGCUCCAUCAGGCAUUGACAAAGCGUGGACCGAAUUCAACAUGACGUUCGAGACAUACUUGACAGAAGUCGUCGGAAAGCGCUUCGAUCCACCCAUCGAGUUCAAGAUGAAGCCAUCAGAAUGGCCUUUGCUGGACUGGAUUGAUAAUGCUGAAGAUGUGGACUUUAUGUAUUCUGACACAGGUCUAUACUCCUGCAUCGGUACAGAGCUUGGAGCCCAGCCUCUUGCAACCACCAUCGCGAGUCUAGAAUCAAGGGGACGCGAAUACGAACUAGACUCAUAUGGCGGUACAAUCUUGGCUUUAGCAAGCAACACUGCGGUCAACACUAUCGAAGAUCUGAAAGACAAGGUGAUUGCAGGACAGGCCUUCUCUGUGUUUGCUGCUGGACAAUCACAGUUUUAUGUCAUGCACAAGGCUGGACUUGAUUACAUCAUGGAUCCAAAGCAAGUUAUCUUUACAGGUAAUCAUGAUGAAACGGUACAGGGCGUCCUCAGCGGAAGAUGGGACGUUGGCUUCGUUCCAUCUGGAAGGGCUGAACGCACUGUCGAUGAGGCGACUGGUGAAUACAUUGACUCCAAUAUUUUCAAGGUGAUCGAACCGAAGAUUGCCAUCAUGAAUAAUGGCGACCUGUUCCCAUUCCUUCAUUCGACGCCGGUCUUUCCAGAGUGGCCUUUGUUUGCCAAGAAUGAAGUAGAUGGUAUCGUCUCCGAAGAAGUAGCAAUUGCCAUGAUGGAAUUUGGUGCACACAAAAGAGUUGGGAAACUGAUGCAUCAAUGUGUUGAGGACGCUGAAACUGCUGAGGAAUUGGAACUCUGCAACACGAUGCCCCCAGUAUACUUUGAUCCUGCUGCCCGCUGUGACACGACACGAGAACUUGCAGAGCUAGCGUAUCACGCUGGGAUGGAAGGACAUCAUUCUGGUAUGCGGCCGGCAAAGUCCCACUUCCAAGUGAGAACAAUGCAGCAAGAUGCCGGCUUCAUCAUCCGAGAUGACACAAAUGGCGAUUGGCGCUGCGAACGAGCUUCAAGAACGUAUUUUGGGAUCACAUGCCCAGAAGGCCACUACAAGAUUGCAGAGGACAAAUUCGAUAAACAUUGUGACAAGAAAGGCUUGCCAUGCCCAGAAGGGGCGACCUGCUAUUGCCGACCUUGCAUAAAGGCAUACGAGGUCGAUGUAUUCCCAUGGGACAUUUCUGUCGAUGGUGCUGUACCGGAAGAGCAUGACAGGUGUGACAAGAUGAGCCUGUGUGGUCAGGUGGAACAAAAUGAAGAUGUCGUCUUUCACGCCUUUGAUAACAUGGAGCGCUCGAAUGCAACAGUGACAGCCUUGGUGCACCUCGGACAGGAAUCGAGGUAUCUAGACGUGACACGCAAUGCCGGUGGAUUCAAUCAGUACGAAUUCACUUUUUCGCAUAGAAAGAGGGGUGUGGCCAUUUUGGAAGUCUUCUUCGAUGCAGUCCAAAUCCCAGAAUCACCAUUUCGAAUCCAAGUGUUCGAUAAAGAAUGCCCAAUACGGGGAAUGGUGGCGAGCGAAGAUGGUGUUUGCGAAUGUUCAUCCAGCGCUAUCGACAUCUUUGGGGAAUGUGUUUCGGAAGGGGUAUUUGCUGGAAUUGUCUCUGGCAUUUGCGUUUUGAUUGGCUUUGUUGUUGCGCUAUUCUAUAUUGCCUACAAGAAGAAAAAGAACGACGAGGUUUGGCAUGUGAGCGUAGAAGAGCUACAUUUUAGUCACCCUGUUGAAAUUGUCGGACAAGGCGCAUUUGGUGUUGUCUUACUGGCUGAAUACCGUGGCACAAAAGUGGCAAUCAAGCGAGUGUUGCCACAAAAAGACAAGACCAAGAGAAGUGGAUCCGUCGCAAGCGUUGGCAGCGUCGGUGCCCCAAGUGUAAGCGAAGGGGACGAACAAGAAGACAUCGAGACAGGUGAAGCUGGUGGCGGUGCUGGUGGUACAACUAGUGGAACAACUUCAGGCUUUGGCGACCUUGAUUUCUUGAAUCGACUCAGCUUCAAUGCAAGAAAGCGGGGUGGAUUCGGUCGAUUGUUUAGAGGACAUCGCAAGGAUGAUUCUUCGAAGUACAAUUUGAGCAUCCUUGGGUCCGUUUCAGCUGGAGCCUCAAUAUCGAGGGGAAUCGCCACUUGGCUUUUCCCAUCGUGCAACGAGACCGCUCGCCGUCAAGAGCAAUUUAAGGAAGAAAUGAGACUUCUAUCAAGGCUUCGGCAUCCUUGUAUCACAACGGUGAUGGGAGCCGUGAUGAAUGGAAUCGAACCCAUGAUGGUAAUGGAAUACAUGGAAAAUGGGUCCUUGUAUGACCUUCUGCGCAACGAGUCUUUCUUCAUGGGUGGAGAAAUCAUCUUACAAGUUAUCCGGGAUAUUGCCCAGGGUCUACGAUUCUUGCAUUCUUCGAAGCCUGCGAUUCUUCACGGUGACUUGAAGGCAAAGAAUAUCCUUAUCGAUUCUAGGUUCCGUGCGAAGGUUUGCGACUUUGGAUUGGCUGUGAAGGGCAAGAACGAUCUGUCUGGAACUCUCUACUGGCUGGCACCAGAAUAUUUGCGUAGACGAUCAGAAUACAACUCUACCUGCGACAUUUACUCAGUUGGAAUGAUUCUUUAUGAGAUUUACAGCCGCAAGACACCAUAUGAGGGAGAGCCACUCCGCAAGGUCCUACGCAAGGUAUGCGACCCACGCAUCAACUACCGCCCAGCUGUCCCUGGGACUUGUCCCAAGCGCAUGACCGAAAUCAUGACCCGGUGCUGGAGCAGCGAUGCAUCCUAUCGACAUCAUGCCAAGGACUUGGACAUGAUCUUUGGCGAAAUGACUUCCCGUGACGCCGACCCUCUCUUGGAGGAGACCAAUACACGCGUGCGGACUGAAGUGGCGACUGGCGACAUGUUGUACAAGGUUUUCCCCAAGAAGGUUGCUGACAAGCUUCGGCACGGCGAGAAGGUGGAACCUGAAAAUCACGACAAUGUCACCAUCUUCUUCAGCGAUAUUGUUCGAUUUACUGAUAUUUCUCGUGCGUUGUCUGCGGUCAAGGUGUGCAAUAUGCUGGACCGUCUUUAUAUGGCAUUUGAUGAGUUGUCAACGAAACAUGGAGUAUUCAAGGUGGAGACGAUUGGCGACGCUUGGAUGGGGGUGACAAACUUGGAAGGAAACCAAGAAGGUUCUCAUGCCAAGCGUGUUGCCGAGUUUGCGAUCGACGCUGUGCAAGCGGCUGGAAAGGUUUUGAUUGACGAAGACGACCCUACUGCUGGCUAUAUUCACAUUCGCGUCGGUUUCCACAGUGGUCCAGUCGUGAGUAACGUGAUUGGAUCAUUGAAUCCGAGGUAUGGUCUCUUUGGAGACACUGUGAAUACCGCCUCCAGGAUGGAAUCUUUGUCUGUGAGUGGUCGCAUUCAUUGUUCCGAUGCUGCAGCCAAACUUUUGAAGGAGCAAGCUCCAGGAUUGCCUCUCUAUAAGCGUGGCAAGGUUGCAGUCAAAGGAAAGGGCAACAUGGUCACCCACUGGGUGGGCAAGGGAGACAAUGCACCAGUCGCCGCUGGUCAUUUUGAUGAACCACGUCCAUUGGUGAACUUUAACGAGAAGCUACAAAUUUUAACAUCCCCACCGCCGAACACAGGUAAAAUUUUCCGCAGUCCAGCGGCAGUGACACCAAAACACCACGACGAGAUUGCAAUGAACCAUCCUUCCAGGCGCACUACCAUGACGGGAGCCACCAAGUAUGCUCGAGAAAUCCCAACAGCAUCAGAAGUUCACAAGCCGAUCGAAGUGCACAAAUCGCCGAUGGUCCAAGCAACGCCUGUAAUUUCGUUUCAACGAUCCUUGUCGCAAUAG